UAUGCUGCAGUCGGUGUAUCGGCGCGCCGAGACGAGACGGACGGGACGAGACGAGCGACGGCAGCGACGAGGAGGUGGAGGAAGAGGCGGUGGAAGUCGGUGUGUGCGCUCAUGACGGAGACCUCGUGCGUACCACUCAGUCGCGUCGUCGAGCGGAGCCGAGUCGAGUCGUGUUACGGCCGCAAUCGUGGUUGUUCUUCGCAACAGUUUGCCCCGUGACGACGUCAGUAUCUGUGCGCGAAGACAAAAACGUCCGCCAGUAGAAGAAUUUGAAACAGUUUGAAGUCGAAGUGUAACGUCGCGGUGAGACUCUGAAUUUGAUUUUUUCCUUUUGCUGCAUCGAUUAACUUUUUUUUUUACCGUACCGAAAGUUUUAAACGUGCAAUCGAAGCGCUACUCUCGUUCGACCUCUCUCGCCCUCCGCGAGUUAUAUAUCCGAUCUACGUGCACUAGCCCUCCCUACUCUCUUUUUCUUCAUGUGUAUUUUGCUCUCUCCUCUGUCUGUCUGUCUUGCUCACGCGUUAUCCCUCUCCGUUGGUGUCUCACUCGUUCUCGCUGGCUUUCCGGGCAGCGAUUUCAAGAAUGUGACAGUGCGCGUCCUCGCGGUCGCCUCGCGCGAAUAAGCCCGCAGGCCGGCGACGGCGAUGGGUGACGAGCGACAAGUGUUACGGUGAACAGUGUGAGCAACAGUGAAGAAGUAGACGAGAGAGAAAGACGGACGAUGCAAGCGGAAAAUGUCACUCGGUGAUACGCGUAUACGGAUGACGGGGAGUGAUCGACGCGACAAUCUCGGAUUUGAGGUUAAAGUGUCGUCGUCGUCGUCGUUGUUGUUAUGUGGUGCCGGUGCGCCGGCAUUGGCGACGGCACGGGCAAAGGAGUAUCAAGAAAGAAAACGACACUAUCGUAUUCUACAGGGCUUAGCUGCCCGAGAUUCGAGGGACAUUGAUCAACCGUCCUGGUCUAACGUUACCAGACUCGUCUCGUAAGAGAAACGUAAACGACCAGAGAAAAAAGUCAGGGAGAGAGAGAGAGAGAGAGAGAGAAAGAGGGAGAAAGAGAGAGAGAUUCGCAGCGAUAGAAAACAAUUUUUCGUAAGGCGAAUCGCGCCGAUAUACGUAUUAUAUACGUGCGCGUGUGUGUGUUUGUGGUUGUGUGCCGGGUCGCGAGGUUAAGACACCACAUCGCUGUCGAUAUACAACAUCGUGGAAAGUCAAGAACCGGUGUCGUGUGUGCGCGCGCGACCGAUUCGUGCUCUGCUACAGCCAACGGAUAAGAAGUGUAUCAUGAUACUAAUAGUGCGCGUCUGUAACCCCGCUGGCGACCGUUGCACCGUGUACGUCUCUUAGGACAACGAAAGCUGACAACGUUCGCGAACUGUCGAGACAGCACAGGAAACCCUCGUGCCUUUUUUCGUUUCUAUACCGUACGCCACGUUCUUUCGUCGUUGAACAAAUUAUCGAGUAUUUUUUGUCUGUCGAGAGCGAUAAUACGAUUUGAGCACCAAAACACGACACGCAGGUUUUCUCUAGUGUCCUCGCUAAAGUGUCAUUUACUAGCGAACAACGUAAAUAACGUGGUAACAUUCGAAUAACGAAACAGUAACAACGGGGCGUGUAUAACAGAAUCGUUCGAAGGAGAGUAUCGCGAGAAUGAAGUGGCGCUUCAGCUGAUCGAGAUCGUCGCAACGAAUUGGCGUGUGCUCGCGUACAUGUAAACGGAUCGCGCGCGCGCACGCUGUUCGCGUCACCAAUCAGCCGGCCAGUUUGUGUAUACAUACCGUGGCACAUAGGUAAAUGAGAGUUCAAGGUCGGUAAACGGUAUUCGACCUAACCUCGUUUACUGGUUCGAAAAAGUUAUCGACACGAAGAGGAAGAGGCUGAAGCUACUCUAUCCUUCGUUAUUCUACUUCGACCUACCUUGUUGCUUGCCACGCGCUAUUCUCGAUUGAUAAUAUUAAUUUUUUCUCUUCGAGAAAACCAAGGAAAGAACAAACAAUACAGAGCAUUCACGAGAACAGUAGAGAAAAGUGACGCACGUUAGGCCGUUCGAAAACAGAUUUACCGCGAAGAGAACGUUGCUGUUCGUGUCACAGGGGACUGUCACACUAUUUCGAGACCGUGAUCCACAGUGCAUCAAAUCCGCAGAGAGCGUAAAUAAAUAUACGCGCGUGUGCUGGCCCCGUCGGAAGUUUCUCGCUGGGGACCGUCCUCGUUCAUCUGUAAUCGUAUGUGCGUCGACAGAAGAAGGCGGCGGUGUUUGUUUUUUUCUUGACAGAGUGUAUAACCGCCGGUGUAUAUACUUCUCGUGUUCCGUUUUUUCGUCGUAGUCGUCACGUUGGCGAAAGAGGAGCGGCAACGCGGGGAAGCUCGACAAACGCGAAAGGGAAAGAAACGAGGCGGCGCGGGUAGAGGAAACAGUGGAGGAAGAGGAGCGAGAGGAGGGGGCGUCGGAGGAGGUGGUGGAGGAGGAGGAGGUGGUAGUGGUGGUGGUGGAGGAGGAGGGGAGGAGGAAAGUGGCGUGUCCAGUGCGCGGUGGUGUGACGGUGUCGCGUCGGGCACCGAUUCCAAAUAUUUCUCAUUUUCCGCGCGGCUACGUUGAAAAGUACUGGCCCCCAAAUGCGCGUACCGCAAAUCCUGUUUCAUGUUCAUGUUCUGGAGCAAACGGACGGCGCUCACUAGACGUCUCCUAAAGGCCAAGGUCCGUGGAGAGCAUGAAACCGAGUGUGAAGCUCAAGAGGAUUCGUCACGUAUUCAUCGCGCAAACAACACGAGCGGCACCGACAACGACACGACGAGCAACGUGACGGCAACGACGGGCCAAACAACCAGAGGAGCGCGUGGAGCGUCGUCAGGAGGUGCAGUCGACGGCGGCGGGGGAGGAGGGGGUGGUGGCGCUGGCGGUGGAGGGGGAGGUGGCGUAGGAGGAGGUAGCCGUAUCUCGUCGAGUAAACUACAUCCAGGUUGCUGCGGUGGUGAUUUGAGCCAGGACGAUGACGAGGAUCCCGUUCGUUUGUUGAGGUGCAAGGGGCUCCUCAAAUCGCUCAAGGAAAACCAAUUAGAGAUGUUACUCACCGCCGUGGAAAGCUGUGGCGCCGACCUCGGCUCGUGCGUCCUCGUGCCCCGUCAGCACACCGAGGACGGAAACGAUUCCGAGCAACAGCAACAACAGCAACAAUGUCAUCGUCAUCAUCGUUACCAUCAUCAUCACCAUUAUUAUCAUCAUCCUACGCACCAUCACCAUUAUCAUCAUCGACAUCAUCGUACUAGACAUCAUCGUUCCUCGUCGUUGGAGAACGACGACGAUCAAAACUCUGGAUCGGAGGAUUCGUGCGCGUCACCGAUAAGGCCGGAUCGAUGCAGAGUACCUGUACGCGGUUCGCACGACAACGCGCCGAUCGAUCCUCACCUGCUCUGCUGCCAGAUCUGGCGGUGGCCGGAUCUCGCCCACUCGUCGGAGCUCAAGAGACUUCCUGUCUGUCAUUCCGCUAAAGAUCCUGUAUACAUAUGCUGCAACCCUUACCACUGGAGCCGGCUCUGCAAACCCGAGUCGCCGCCACCCCCGUACUGCCUUUUCGCCGACGGACUGAGACCCGAAGAUCGUGCGCCCAGCGAAGGGGAUCAACGUCGGUGCAAAAACAGCGCACCCCUGCCUCUUCCCGGCUCCCUUACCACCAACGGAGAAGGUGAAACAGGACAAAAGGAAUGGUGUACAUUAGCAUAUUGGGAAUUGGGUGGUAGAGUGGGUCGCCUCUACCCUGUAGAACCUUCAACAGUAAAUGUGUUUGAUUCUCUCCAUGAUGGUGAUGGCCUUUGCUUAGCAACAUUGGCUGAAAAUCAUGUUGCACCGCCUGCUGUCCAAAGAACAAGAAGCAAAAUUGGUCUUGGUUUAAUGCUUAGUCAAGAAGAAGAUGGUGUGUGGGCGUACAACAGAUCUGAGAGCCCAAUCUUUGUGAAUUCACCUACUCUGGAUGACCCGGAGUCUAGAACACUACUUGUCUAUCGUGUGCCUCCAGGCUUUUGUUUGAAUAUCUUUGACCGUACCAAAAUUCUACAGCUUCCAUAUGGCAGCAGUACUACAAGAACGAGCAAUCAGGCUUCAGGCUUUGCCUCUGGUCCUGUUGAUAUCAACUCCGUCCGCAUCAGCUUCGCCAAAGGCUGGGGACCCAAGUACUCAAGACAGGAAGUCACCUCUUGUCCAUGUUGGCUCGAAGUACUCCUAGCACCAUGCAGGUGAUCCCUACAACUCAUUACGAAGGUAUACAGUCUCGUCCGUUUGCGCCUCUUCUUCCUCCUCGUCGUCCUUCAAGAGGACCGAUCUGUGAAACUGACGCAGCAACGACGAAGCUCCGUCCCAAAGGCUGCCAACGGAUACUCAUACGAUGUGGAUCGCCGCCAGCAGUCUUACCAAAGUACGCCGCCAUACAUCCAGGAACAGCGUCGUUUUAUAAAAACAGGGAAAAACGAGAAUCAUUUGACAAGAACGUUUUAUAUUCUUGUGCCUACGAACGGAGCAUACACAGUUUAUACGUGGUACUCGAUUAUCAUUAAUUUUGUAACUCGACUAUAUUGUAUCGCAAUAUUCUUCUUGAUCGGUCAAUGAUACUGUUGUACUUUCUUGAUAAUGUUAAAUGAGAUUUUAUAAAAAGUGAGGCGGUGGUUUUCCGCUAGGUCUAGUCAGUGGUAUUUAACAUUUUUAGGCUUGACGCUAAUAUGUCUUGCAUUAAGAAUAACAUAAUAUAAACAAUAUUAACUAAAAUCAGGGAAAGUGCGAGAGUAAAAUUGACGUGUCAAUACAGUCGUUUUUCACGAUACAGUCGUUUUUUCAUGGUAUUGAUCAUAAGUUUUAAUGUUUGUACUGUCUGGCCAUGUCCUCGUUUAUGAUUAAUCAUUGUACUGCAAGGAAGCAGAAACUUGGGCUUCCGAUAAGGUCUAGUCAAUGGUGUUUGAGAGUAAGAAAAGCUCGUUAAUUGCAUGGAUUUUAAAAUCUAUUUAAAUUAUCAAGAAACGAGAACACUGCCAACAGAAUCAAAGGAAGUACUUAGCGUUUUAUGUUACCUUCAAAAAGACUUUUACUUUAAUAAUGAAAGUAAUAUUAUUUGUAGUAUAAAUUUCCUGCUUUUAGAUUGAAUUUAAUUGAAUACGAGAAAAGGUUUGUUGGUUCAAAAAAUAAUAAGAAUUCACUCGAUUUGGAGAUAUUUUUGUUGGUUCAUUGAUUAUUUAAUUCAAUGACAGAAGUCCCUAACCAAUAACGGAAUUAAACAUGUAACUUUUGUAAGGAGGUCACAAAACUUUUCUCAAUAUAUUUCCUUAUUUUAAUAUAUAUUAAGAUGGUAUUUCAGCGCUGAAUUGUAUAAUCUUGUAAUGAAGUUUCAUCGAUAUUCAAAUGUCGUGUACCACGAGUACUGUAGUUGUCUCCGAUCGUCGUUCGGUGCUGUACAUACAUAUAUGUACAUACACUGUGCCUUCCCAGCUUCCUUCGUGGUGCAAUGCACGAGUGAUAGAACGAAUGUGUGUGUGCAUGCGUGCGUGUAUCUAAGGAAAGCGAAAGAAAAUGAGAGAACUUCGCGUGCCAGCUACGUUUCGCACCAAAAUGCCCAAGAGCUUCAUACUGCAGUAAUACGAUACUGUGAUAAAAGUUCGAACCAGGUCUCUUUUUUCCUUCCUUUUUUUUUCGGACGCGUUUAUGAAGCACCAACGAUAAACUAAAAAAGCAAUCAAUCCAUUAAAAUGUGUAUAUAUACGCAAAGAGAGACAAAACGUAUGCUUAAUAAACAAUAGUCCAUAGACUCGAAUCUAGAGGAAAUGUUAAAUUUAUAUAAAGAAGUACCGUUUUCUCGUUUAAUUUUGUACAGUCUUAAGAGUAAACAAAACUAGUGUAAGUGAGUGGAGUUUUACAAAUUUUAUCGUGAAAAAGUCUUCAUUAAGAUCCGCCUCCAAAUCCGAAUGCGUAUAGAGCGUGAAAGAAGAGAACUACUCAUGUAAUGCAGGUUGAGCGGUUUGCGCAUAACAAAAGUCGAAAAUACAUGACUGUAAGAGAAGGAAGAGUGUGUAAAACGAUGAUGUUAUGUAUGUGCAUACGAUUUAAUAUGUACCACCAGUCAUACGUAUUCAUUCAUACGCAUACGCAACACAAGCAUCUAUAAAACACAAUCGACUGAUCGUUUCUUCUUUUCUUUUUUUCGAGCCGUUAGUUACUUUCUUUUUCGUACAGCCGUUUUUAUCGGUAUAGAAACGUAUACAUACAUAUGGAUCGUGAUCUAUUACGAUACGAUCUUGUGUGACACGCCGAACGAUAAUAUUGUGAUGCGUAUAUUGUCGCUUAAAUGUUAUAUAUUAAUAUGUAUACGUAUGUAUACAGAAAUGUUUAUAGGUAGCUAGCUAUAUCUAUUGCAACGGAGUGAUUCUCUGGCCUGUAUGCGAUGUUAGAAAAUUGGCACUCUUAAGAAUACAUAAUAACCGUAGUGUCGUUCUUCGAAGUACCGUUAAACAAAGGAAAUGUUAAUCUCUUCGGAAGAAACUUUUGUAAGCGACCAUAACCAUGAGAAUGUAUUCUUAAUACGCCAUGCGUAUAGUCAUAUCGCGUACAGGCCUAAGAAUCGUCAUGAUGAAAAUUGUAACGGCAAGAAGGAAAUUUUUUGUCGAAAAGUCGUCCAUCUCGGACAGGUACGUUGCUUUUUAUAGCCUUUUUUUGUCGCGGCUCUAACUUGCUGUUAUAGUUGAGGUUGGCUCAUCGCUGGAAUUGAACCAAACGCGUGCGGUCAGUCUGAAGCGAUUGUUCGAAAUGAUCUUCACGUAAACAUGGAGCGCAAUAACGGUGGUCCAUAUAAUUUGUAUAAAUAUUUUAUUUUCUUUCGUAAAGAUUCGAUUAAAAAUAAGUUUACUUAUUUUGUGAAUUAUAUAACCUCAUUUCGCAAGUCAGGAAAUAAGCAUUCUACGUUGACAAUCCUUUGCAAAUUUCUUUCGAUAUAAACAGACGACGAACGAUUUGGUCGUUCCUACUCGUUGAUUGUAAUACCAAGACACAGUUGUUCCCACAGCAUUACGCCAGAAAAGAAAAGGAUGUAUAGUUAACGGUGUACUUAACGAUAUUUUGUAACUGAACGUAUGCAAGUUGAAAUUUUGCUAGACUCGGUCAUAAUCGUAGUCUUGUUAAAAUUAGGUGACGAUUGUUAAAGAAAAGAUAUACAUCUUAACGGACGAAAUAUUUAUUCGUAAUCUUCUCAGAAUAAAUAAAACGAUUAGUUUGUAUAUAAAAAAGAAAAGGAACACGAAAUGUAACAUCCUUUGAUACCUACAUCUUGCUUUAUUGAACGAAAAAUCGAUCGAUCGUUCGUUAAAAAUAAUUUCAUUUUCACGUCGUUCAUUUAACACUUAUUACUAAUUAUAAUAUAUGUAUAUUGUAAAAGUUGUUUAUUAUAAAUUAUUAUAAAUUUAUUAUAAAUUAACGUCUUGAAUAAGACAAAAGGUAUUGUAUUGUCGAUAAAAGACCAGUUAAGCCGCGUUUAAACCUAUUUCUCGGAUCAAUUCAUAUAGCAGCAUGGAUAAUAUUCAAGUAUAUAUAUAUAUAUAUAUAUAUAUAUAUAUACUUUUGAACGUAAUAACGGAGUGAGCGACCUCUGGAGCGAAUGAAGUUUGGAAUAUUUUGACAGUUUCGUAUGGUACGUUACGACGUCUUAAGUAACACCAUGAGCAAUAUUUUUUUCCAUUCGUUCUAUCGUUCUGUUUCUGUCAUAUUACGUUCGUUCUGUUCUGUUCUUUCUAUAUUUAACAUCUCUUUCGUAUCCAUUUUCGUGGAACCAGUUGGUUAUAUAUUUACGCGGUAAACAUAAUGCAGUUAGUGUCAGUGCUUUGAAAAUUGUGUUUGGUCAUCUAUCAUCGGUAGAACUCGACGAAUGGCGUUCAGCUAAUUUCGUAAGUAUUCUUAUGAAAUUUUGAGGGCACACAACAUGUUUUACGCUAUUUUCCGGUUUAAUGUGCAAAUUUUAUUAUUUUCACGGCACUCAUUUUCAUAUCAACUAUACCAUUGGUUAAUUCUUCUUAGCUCAAAAAUAUUGGUCACUUCGUCUAGAUAUUUGCAAAUAAUUUGAAUAUAUUUCAUGUAAUUGAAAUACUUCUGGUAAAAAUAUUGAAAAUAUUGGCCAAUAGAAACAACUUAUACAUGCCUAUCAUGAAUACGUUUUAUUUACUACAUAGUUUUAUAUUUAUGGAAGAAGAUGAAGCUGAGAUUUGAAAUUAAUUGCUUGGUUUUCUUUUCUUUCGAAAUAUUUAAUUUAAUUAACGACGUUACCCGUUGCAAUUCUUUAUCGAUUCGUUUCUACAUGCAAUUUUUCUUUCUUCUCACGGUAAAAACUAACUUAUAAGAGAAAAUUUCGUUCAUAAUUUUUCAAACACUCAUAAUUCUAAUUUUAUUACAUUUCUUUUACAAAUCACAGUUGUUUAAUUUACUUCGAAACUUUCUUAUACAAUAACUUUUAAAUAAUACAAGAGCGUCGUUGUGAUACGUAUCAAGAUCGAAAUAUCUGUCAUUCAAAAGCUCCAAUUUACUAUUUUCGAAUUCUGUGCAAAAUGUGUCAAGUUCCUCGUAGCUUUGUAGUGAACGUAAAGCAAUAUACGGAUCUAACGAAACAUUUACGAAUAUUUAAUCAACAAGCGAGAUAACGUAUUUUGAUGUGAACCAUAUGAAACUAUAUUUCAGCAUUAACUGCCAUGCUACUUGUAUUCGACCACUUUGUUUCCUAUUUUAAGGAAAUCGAAAUUUUUGAAACAAGUUUUUGAUAUUUCAAUUAGAUAGUCGGUGCAUUGAAAUAUUCAAAAAUUUACUCGUAAUGCUGCAGUAAUUAAAAAGGAAACGGAGAAAUACUUUACAAGGUAGUUGCAAGUACAAUUAUAGUUAUACAUAUAGCAUGUAACGCUUCUCGAAGAUAUACCUGCAGAGUGGGCCAAAAGUCAUGGUGCAUCGGAAAAAUAGGAUGAACGAAAUUGAGGAAAGAAGAGGAAAUAAAUCGGAAGUGUAGAUCUUUCGAAAUAAACUUUCGUUUCAUAAAGUACUGUAAUUUCAAAAUUCUACUUUCAGACUAUUAUAUACAUACAUUAUAUAUCGUUUGGUAAUGAAUUUUAGGUUAAAGGUUACUGUAAAAUAGUAAUUUUUAAAUUUUACUUUGAAGCCUUUGUACUUAUCAAUUUUGAUUUAAAAAUUAUUUUAAAAGGACAGACCAUAAUUUGUAAUAUUUUUUAAUCGGCACUCGAAAUUAUUAUCGAUGUUAACUUUUCCAUACUCUUAAAUUUCUUUUAACCGGUUUUAUUUUAAAACUAUAUUACAAGUUAUUCGAUAAUCAAAUAAUAAUAUGGUUUUUAACGUAAUUUCAUCAACAUCGUAAUUUAUCGUUAAUGCUAUAUUUUCUGUCUUUAACUAAUUUUUAUAAUACUUUCUAUGAAUCAGAAGUGAAGGUAGUUCAAUAUAUUAUCCAAGACAAAAGUUCUUAUUGUGUCCGAAUACGUUUAACAACCAACGAUUACGGAAUAAAAUAAAUGUUGAACAACUAUUGUACAAAGAGAAUAUUUUCUUCGGAAUAAGAAGAUUAUCCUGUUCUUUGCUGCACCAGGAUUUUCAAAUAUAUUCUCUGUACUCGAAGAGGUGGAAGUUGUUGAUUUCUCCGCAGGAAUUGUCUGUGAAACAUAGUGCCUUUCUAGCCACUUAGAGCGAAAGACGAUUAACAAUAUAGCACGCAUAGUGCAAACGAUCAUUAUUAAAAGCACCUUACGCUUUGUCGAUGAUAUUGCAAGAUCUAAUGAUAAACAUUGAAUGUCGCUGUUCACUCUUUGCUUCGCGAAUAAUUUUCACGCAAGGCAAAGUACUUGUUCUUUGUCUUCCUGCUUAUGGUUUAAAAACUGUAAAAUCGCGCUGACGAUCGAGCAAAGCGAAU